CUAGUAUAGAACACAUUAGUUCACUGAAAUAACCGGCCAGCCAGCAGGCGUUUAUCCUCCCUGCUCGCGCCCGCGGGCCCCUCCCAGCGGGCUGUGCUAGCGCGGGAGACUACUGGGACCGGCCGCUGUAACGCGCCCGACCGCCAGAGUGGGACCAAAUACCGGGCCAGCCGGCGAGACGCCCCGAAUCGCCUGGACAGCGCCCGACGGGCCAAAACAUCCGCCGGACCGAUGUACUCGCCGCCGCAGUCGCCGCCGCAGUCGCCGCCGCGGACCUACACCGCUUCGCUGGGCGACCGCGACUACGACGAGGAGCGGAAGGACGAUUCCCUGCGGAGCGACCCGUCGAGCGUCAUAUCGACGGCGUCGACGAUGGCGACGCCGGCGAAGCUCGAGGCCGGCGAUCGGGUGUUGGGGACGUACGGCGACGAGACGAGAAGGGCCGUGGUGAGAGACGUCGACGAGACGGGCGAGAAGAUCGUCGUCGAGUUCUCGCCGACACCGCGAAGCGCGAGUCAGGUGUCCUCCAUGUUCGCGCGCGACGUGAGCUUCGUGUCGCGGCCGGCGAAGCCGCACGCUUUAGCGCACCUCUUGCCACCGAAGUUGGGCGACGCGUUGGGACGCACCGUUGAAUUAUCUGAAGCGUUCCGUGAUGCCGAGGCUAUUGGGAUAUAUAUUGUGGAUCAAGCGAGACCAUCGGCGGCGGCCACCGAAAGAUUAGCUAAUCUGAGGCGGUGGGUCGGAGGGAGAAAGUUCGGAGUAGCUUUAUAUGAGCUCUCGUCGCAGAUGCCCGGCGACGUCGACAUGACCCUCAAGGCCAAAGGAGGGCACAGAGUAUUGUUAGGCGACGACCCCAAUAUAUUAGUAGUGGACUCCCCAGAAACUGUGGUCCAGAACUGGAACCUGUUUGAAGUUUGUUCAGUGCGCCAGCUGCCCGCCCUGGUGGUCGUGUCGCCGUCCGCCGAGGUGUUCACGCGCGACGGCGUCGAGGCUCUGUGUUCUACUGCUGAAUUUCCGUGGAAGGGCUACCAGUCGCCCCAAACAAAGCGGUUGGAGUUCAAGCGCAAGGCGAUCCACGCCUGCUCGCUCGGCGUCGCCGGUUUAUUGGCGCUGCUGGGCGCCUACCGCGUGCUCUCCUUCGCCCUCUCGGCGCUGGGCGCCCUCGUCACGACGGCGUCCGCCUAGGCCCCGGUUCGCGUCGCUAUGACGCGCCGGCCGGCCCCGCGUGCGUGCCUACGCGCGCGCGCCCUAAUUCAUUAUGUCCUAGA